UGGAAACUCAAAUGGUCACGUGGUGACGCGUCUUCCGGUUUUGUACCGCAGAAGGGUCCGUGGGUGAGAAGGAUGAACUCUGGCACAAAGAAGAAAGUCUGCAAGCAGCAACGGCAGCAGCGUCAAGUGAAUGACAUGGUCGCUUGUGAUGCUGAUACACUUACUGAGAUCAAAGGUCUAUUCAGUAAAUUUAGAACCUAUCUCAAACCGUCCAAUGGCGAGUGGUGCAUCCCAAAUACUAGCGUGACCCUUAACUAUGCUGCAAAAGUUCCUAAUUGCCGCCUUCAAGCCCUGAAGGUGUCACUUAAUGAUGUAAAGAACCAACUUAGUGAUAAGAAAAUCCAAGUCUGGCAUGAGCACACCAACUCUACUAACCGGGCCGGUAAGGUCAUUGCCACUGUGCGAUCCACUGCCAAUGCGGAAAUCUGCACUCAGGCAUGGUGCAAGUUCUAUGAGAUCAUCGGAACCUUCCGUCUUCUUCCUGAGAUGGCGCUCCUCUCUGGGGAGCUAAACACUGUUCACCUGUGUGAAGCGCCCGGGGCUUUCAUUAGCGCUCUGAACCACUACAUCAAGACCAGCGAGUCCACACGCUACUGUGACUGGAGCUGGGCCGCCAACACGCUCAACCCCUACCACGAGGCCAAUGCGGGGGGGACAACCAUCACAGAUGAUCGGUUGAUUGCCAACACUCUGCCAUGGUGGUUCUUUGGCUCGGAUAACACGGGCGACAUCAUGGUCCAGAAGCAUCUUCUGGAGUUGCAGGCAUUUGUAGCAAACAUGCGUAGAGUUGAUUUGGUGACAGCAGAUGGUAGUAUUAACUGUCAGGAGAACCCCGAUGAGCAAGAGGCGCUGGUGGCCCCACUGCAUUACUGUGAGGUCACGGCCGCUUUGCUGCUCCUGAGCCCUGGUGGCUCCUUUGUGGUCAAAAUGUUCACUCUGUUUGAGCAUUCUUCAAUCUGCAUGCUCUACCUGCUCAACUGCUGUUUCCGCUCUGUCAGCGUCUUCAAACCUGCUACUAGUAAAGCGGGGAACUCAGAAGUUUACGUUGUGUGCCUUGACUAUGACAGCAAAGAAGCUGUGAGACCCCUGCUCUCCAAACUCAUUCGGGAUUACGGACCACAUCUGGCGGGACGAGAUGCACUUUUCCCAGAAUCUUCAAUUCCACCGUCAUUCCUUACACAGCAUGAGGAGAUGUGCACGUACUUUCACUCUCUGCAGGUGGAGACCAUCACAGAAAACUUGAGGUUGUUUGAAGGAAUGAGCACAGAGCAGAGGGAGAGGCUCAACUACAUCAGGGAUUGUACAGCUCAGGAAUACUUGCGGCGAUUCCAGGUGACUUUCCUCCCUCGAAGUCGGUGGAUCUCCCGUAACGCCAUCAGACCAGCCUGCUGCCGUGUUUCUGCAGACAGCCUUCUGGGACAGAAGAAGCAAACAGGCUCCUUCAAUGAGCGGAGGGAAUUGCAGACCCUGAGCUGGAGGGAGCGUGUAGAGAGGGGUUGCCAUGCCAGCUGGAUGCAGCAACACGCCGGUGACACUGAUGGGCCGCCCUGCAUGCUGCAAGGACCACUGGUCAGCUCUCACGUGGAUACCUGGUACGUUAUUGAGGGUGCAGCACUGCCCGCUGUCAAAAACUCUGCAUUCUGUGCUACAGUCUUGUUGAAUCACUUGAAUGAAACACUGGUGGCCUCAGCUGGGAACGUAGCAGUGGACUUGAAUCAUCUGCCUCCCUGUAAAUCAUGCCACACGGUUAAUGCAUCUUCCAUCUUGUCGGACGUGGCAGGUCUUUGUAUUGACAAUGAAAGGAACAAAAAGAAAAGGCACUGUCUGGUGUUUGGCAGCCGCUCAGUUUGGGAAGCUUGUGGCAUCUGUAAUGGGGAUUUGGUCAUAAUGUUUCCAUCGGAGUGUUCGAAUCCUCAAGGAAGUUACAGCGCACUGCAUGACGCCGCGCCCCAGUACCAGCAUCAGCUUGUUAGCUGCAUUGUAUUGUCACUGCAGAGGCUGACGUCUGGGGACGCAUUGCUGCUGCCUGUGUCGUCUGCACUCAGCCGUGUCUCGGCCGCGCUGGUGCUCUGCUUGCACACCUGUUUUCGCUUAGUGACAUUCAGGUCCCCGCCCCCAUCCGACCUGGUCGGAGCGGUCCUUAUCUGCGUGGGCUUUUGCCCCCAAGCUGCAAGCCAUAUACUCCCAGCACUGACUGAUGUCCAGAACCGUAUUAGUGGGCUGCUAAAAGGAGAGGAUACAGAUGAAAGACAGUCGGAGGGUGACACUCAGGUGCUGCAAUUUGUGCCCAUGGAGGAAAUGUUCACUGGAGGAGUGACCGACUUCUUGUGGACUAUGAACUCUGAAAUCAUUCGACAUAGGUUGCAUUUGCUCAUGCAGGCAAAGGACGGACUUUAAAAUGCCAUGUUUUUUAAUUUUUUUUAUCACAAAACAAUUUUUGGGGAGACUAAUUAAAUACUACUUUUGCAGAUUUAGACUUAGUCCAAAAUCGACCUACAGUGAAACCUCUAGGCCAGAAACAAUCCAUUGUAAAAGUUAAAGAGGGGCGACAUGGCCUAAAAACUAAAUCUCAAUAUAUAUCGCAGCCUCCUGUGAUAACCAUUUACAUCACAGUAUAUUAUUUGGUAUGUACAUGGUAAUAGAACCAAUUGUAAAAUGGGUUAUAAAGGCUCCUAAUUUGGCUUGACGUAUGAGGUAACUUUUUGUGUCAUUUCCAGUUGUAUCAGUUUCUUAAAGCUAUUAUUAUUCUACCUGUUAAUUUAACGCUGAUAUAUGGUUACUUCCUGUCGUAACAUGGUUCUACCGACACUUCUAUUAAAUUGUAAUUAGCACUCUAUUCUGUUUAGUUUUAGGAGGUACUACCAAUUUGUAGUAGUUACAGGGGCAGUAUUGGCAUUACAUUAUUAUUGGCUAAAACUGAUAAUUACAAUAUUCAAGAUCAUUAAAUGAUUACAUUUUUGAUCAUAACUAUAAUCAGACGAAAACACAGGAUGGUGGCAUGACAAUAUAAUUUAAAUAUUUAAAUUGUUUCCAUCUUUUGCCUCUGAUUUAAGUAAUUAGUUUUUUUGGGGUUUUAAAGUCCUCCUGUGUAAAGGGACUUAUUUUCUGAGUUUGCGAAAAAUAACAAUAAUGACAAAACAUUUUGUGAUGAUAAAAGAUAUCCAUCUAUUCACUGUAGUACCGACCGUAUACUGACACUGGGUAUCGUUACUGCUGGUAUUUAUUUAUAUUGAUUCGCCCACCUUUGCUUACGUUCAAGAGUUCCAGUUUAGCGUUUAGCCUGGCCUAUUUAAUCCUCAUACGCUGUGUAUGUUAGCAUGUUCAGCUAUUUCUUGUCCUCCAGUGAUAAUAGUACAUGGAAGAAACAUAGUUUAAUUGCUGCCAUGGAGGCAAAGAUUAUCUACUUAAAAACAACUUUGCACUGGAAGGGAGUUAUCCGCCACCGCCACAGUGCUUUGAGGAAGCGAUAAUAUAAUCUUAAACUGUAAAAGCAAUAUUUAAAGUUACAUUUUAAAAUUCUUUACAAUAAAAGAAUGUGAAAAUCGGCUGACACCAUGUAUGUUAGUAUAUUGUACAGAAAUAAACCUAACUAUAUAAUUUGGCACACUUGAGUUUAAAUUGAAAUUCAGUAUUCUUUCUAUGAAUGUGCGUAAUAUCUUCAUCUCCUCAAGGUGUCACCUAAAAUAAUUUGCCGAAGCUACUCCUAAUUUGUGAAUGUGAAAUCAAAAGCAAAACAAUGCUGAGUUUAUGAGUCAUACUUUGCCUCAAUGUGUUUGAUUGAAGUCCAAACUGUUUGUGCUCAUGUGCAAUUGACUUUAGAGGUUCUACUGUGUUACUCUGUAUUUUUAAACAGACUUUUCAUUAUAUCUUUUUUUACCUUAAGUUGUCAAAAACAAUAUGUGGGCUACUACUAAUGAUCAAAAUGAACAAUUUGGGUUACAAAUAUGAAAGAUUCAAUAGCAAUAUUGUUGCAAUUGUGUUUGGAUAAAGUAAAAUAAAAACCUUAUACAUUGUGAAUAUUAUUCUACGUUUAUUAGUAUGAGUAUUUGUUGUUUUCCAUCAGUUCCUUGUUUUGUUCAAAAACUGCUUUGAGUGUUGUUUCUAAAAUACAUGUCAAAAAAGAGCUUAAACAAAAGACUCUAUUGACUCGAAUAUAAUACCCCUUUUUUAAAUGUAUUUUGGGAAGCACAUUUAAAACAAGGGUUUGUUUUCCAAUAAAAAAGAUAGCACAUUUUGUA